UAAAGGAUAAUUUGGUGACAAUUCUGUUAUUUUAAUUUUGCAGCAAUAAAGCUUUAUUUUAAUUGUCUGACUUCCUACAGAAAUAUGAGAUAGAUAGAUAGAUAGAUAGAUAGAUAGAUAGAUAGAUAGAUAGAUAGAUAGAUAGAUAGAUAGAUAGAAACUGAGCUUUAAAUGCAAAUGUUAUUCAUGGUGUGUUAUGGGUCAGAGGUCAGCGUUUCUAACAAAUCGUGAUUUCUCAUGGAGCGGCCGCCGAGUGAAUGGGAUCCAAUUGGAAAAUCCUGUCUGGUCCUUCAGUAUCCAAUGAGCUGAGAUCAGGGGGAGGGUCCGCGCGCUGCCCAGACAGACAGAAAGAGACUUCAACAAACUCUCCUCCAAACACGAUCCUUCUGGAUACAAAGAUGCCAUGUUUCCCGUGUUUGCUGUGGAAUUCCGCGUGAAUUAGUCUGGAUAUGUGUCUUUGUGGAGUUAUGGACUUAUGAAGACGACUCGAGUGUGCAGUGGGAUCUGACAUGAGGAAUAUCACGCGCAUCUGAUGGAAGGAAGGAAGUUCCUAAUGAAGAGAUUCUGGGCCCGAGUGGAUUUCAUGUGUGUGUAAAUGAAGACUCGCUGCGGAUGAGACAAACUCAUGAUCAUGAAGGUCUGCGUGUAGGACAUCUCAGGAACAUCAGUGAAGUGUUGGGAACUGGCCAUGGCAGGAACACUUUCGGGACGGUAGAAGUGUAUGCGGCUGAGUUUGUGUGUGAGAGAGUGAAGUGACCAGCAGAAGGGUGUGAGACAGCUGUCCGUGACCGGGAGCAUGAAGGAGAAGUCGAAGAACGCGGCGCGGACGCGUCGGGAGAAGGAGAACAGCGAGUUUUAUGAGCUGGCCAAACUGCUGCCUCUGCCCUCGGCCAUCACCUCACAGCUGGACAAAGCCUCCAUCAUCAGACUGACCACCAGCUACCUGAAGAUGAGGAUAGUCUUCCCUGAAGGUCUCGGAGAAUCUUGGGGCCACGUGAGUCGCGCGAGCUCUCUGGACAACGUGGGCCGAGAGUUAGGAUCACAUCUGCUUCAGACUUUGGACGGCUUUAUUUUUGUGGUGGCUCCUGAUGGAAAAAUCAUGUACAUUUCAGAAACAGCAUCAGUGCAUUUAGGGUUAUCACAGGUAGAGCUGACGGGGAACAGCAUUUAUGAGUACAUCCACCCCGCUGACCACGACGAGAUGACCGCAGUGCUGACCGCUCACCAGCCGUAUCACUCACACUUCGUCCACGAAUAUGAAAUGGAACGAUCGUUCUUUUUGAGAAUGAAGUGUGUCCUCGCUAAGAGAAACGCAGGCUUGACGUGUGGAGGAUACAAGGUGAUUCACUGCAGCGGCUAUCUGAAGAUCCGUCAGUACAGCCUGGACAUGUCUCCGUUCGACGGCUGCUAUCAGAACGUGGGUCUGGUGGCCGUCGGUCACUCUCUGCCCCCCAGCGCCGUCACCGAGAUCAAGCUCCACAGCAACAUGUUCAUGUUCAGAGCCAGCCUGGACAUGAAGCUCAUCUUCCUGGACUCCAGGGUUGCGGAGCUCACUGGCUACGAGCCGCAAGACUUAAUAGAGAAGACACUUUAUCAUCACGUCCACAGCUGUGACACUUUCCAUCUCCGCUGCGCGCACCACUUGUGUGAGUUAGUACUGGUAAAAGGACAGGUCACCACAAAAUACUACCGAUUCCUGGCUAAGCAGGGCGGAUGGGUGUGGGUCCAGAGUUACGCUACCAUCGUACACAACAGCAGAUCGUCCAGACCUCACUGCAUCGUCAGCGUCAACUACGUCCUCACGGACACGGAGUACAAAGGACUACAGUUGUCUUUAGACCAGGUGACGUCCACCAAACCCUCGUUCACCUACAGCAGCCCCUCCAACCCUAUCAGCGAGAACAGAAGAGUCGGCAAAAGCAGGGUCUCCCGUACCAAGACCAAAACGAGACUCUCUCCCUAUUCACAGUAUCCGGGUUUCCCCACGGAUCGCUCGGAGUCGGAUCAGGAUAGCCCCUGGGGUGGGAGCCCCCUCACUGACUCUGCGUCUCCUCAGCUUCUGGAGCAGUGUGAAGGCGUAGACUCCUCAUGCGUGUACCGACAGUUCUCAGAACCGCGGCCGCUGUGCUACGGCCUCCCGCUGACAGACGACCACCACACCUCCAGCGACCUCUACGGCCACACUCACUCCGAGUCCUGCGAGAGAGGACGCUGUAAGGCUGGCCGAUACUUCCUAGGCACCCCUCAGCCCGGACGAGAGGCGUGGUGGGGUGCGGCCCGUUCUGUCCUCCCGUUACCCAAGUCCUCGUCCGAGAACGGAGACAGUUUUGAAGCUGUGAUGCCUCACAUUGCCUCUAUCCAUAGCCUGCAAGUGAGGGGUCACUGGGACGAGGACAGCGUGGUCAGCUCACCUGACGGCGGCUCAGCGAGCGAUUCAGGCGACCGAUACCGCGCGAGUCCUCAAGAGCCCAGCAAGAUUGAGACAUUGAUUCGAGCCACGCAGCAGAUGAUCAAAGAGGAGGAAAGUCGUCUGCAGCUGCGAAAGGCUCCUACAGAAAUACCUUUGGAGUCUACAAACGGUCUGGCCAAGAGCCACGGGCCUUCGUUUCACAGUACCGACUUCCCCCAGUCAGCGUUGCAGGGUGUGGUGUGUCGGGGGCCGGCUCAGGUGAUAAGCCCCGCCCCUAGCCCUGUUCCUCUGUCCCGUCUCAGCAGCCCCAUCCCAGACAGACUGGGUAAAAGUAAAGACUUCCUGCAGAAUGAGCUCUCCUCCUCCCAGCAGCAGCCGCUGCCCCUGACGGGCACAUGUGCUGUCUCUCCGACGCCCGCACUGUACCCCUCACACCCCCGCCAGUACCUGGAAAAACACACGGCCUACUCGCUCACCAGCUACGCACUAGAACAUCUGUACGAGGCGGACAGCUUUCGAGGAUACUCCCUGGGUUGCUCAGGUUCCUCCCAUUACGACAUGGCCACUCAUCUACGCAUGCAGGCUGAACAAGCGCCGGGCCAUAAAGGCACCUCCGUCAUCAUCACCAACGGCAGCUGAUGCUUAUCCAAUCACGUGCCGCCACUCAGCGCUUCACCCUCUCACACACUCUAGCCUUCAAUUUCUUUCUCUCUCUCUUUUUUUUUUUUUGGUAACACUUUAUUUUACAGUGUCCUUUUUACACGUUACAUGUAGUUGCUAUAGUUAUAACUAUAAAUUAUGCAUAAUUACAUGCAGUUACUUUGGAAAUGUAAUAGGUUACAGAUUACAAGUUACCAUAUUUAAAAUGUAAUAAAUAGUGUAACUAUUUCAAUUACUUUAAUAAAGUAAUGUAACAUAAUGUAACUGAUUACUUUUCUAAAUUUCUGUUAAUCUGUUAAUCAUUUUCAAACAUUUAGGGUUAACCUUACAGUAGACUCAACACUUUCAAAAUACUUCAUCACUUGAAUUAAGGUUAUAAUAAUUUAAUUUUAAUGCACAGCCACCACAAAAUCAGACUUCAGCACCUGUUUUACUUUGAGAUCAUUCAGAAGUUAAAUACAGAUUUAAAAUCAUAAGAAAUAGUUGAAUAGCUAUGAUACUGUUUUUGAAAUCAAAUCUUUGCACAAGGUGAUUACAGUUACAUUUAUUUUGUAAUUAAAUUACGUAACUUUGUUAACUAGUUACUCCCCAGCACUGGUUACAUGCGACUAACCCUAAACCAAACCCUAUAGUAAGAACAUGUAGUUGAUAGUUAUUACUCAGUUCUUAAAUGUAUAAUUACACUGUAACACGGACACCUUAAAAUAAAGUGUAAACUUUUUUUCUUUGUUCCUACAAAUCCUACAAAUAAUUUUUCUUAAUUGUUUACUAGUAAAAAAAAAAAAAAGAAACAUCCUUGAAACAAACUGCUAAACUUAUGAAGCUUAAGAUAUUAUCACUUCACUGAGAAUACAUUUAGAAUUAACCGUCAAAUUUAAUGAGGUUUGUGCUCAAGAAGAAAAAAGAAAGACUUAAUUAACAAUACAAUUAACAAUAAAACUGAGAACCAUUCUUAUUAUCUUAUGCAAUUUUGUAUAAGAUAAUAAACUGAUCUUAUUUUAAGGUUGUUUAGAUAUUUUUACUGGAAAACAAGACAAUAAUUCUGAUUAAGAACAUUUAAUCAGUGUGUUAUGGGACACUCGAUUCAUCUGUUCACAGACUCCAUGAAAGGGUUUGUUUGUCACCUGAUUAUCACAUCUCAACCACUAUAUUAUGCUGUAAAUGCGUGAAUGAAUGAGGAUUUCCCAAAUAAUUUCUGGAAGAAAUUACAUGACCUUGUAACAGCAGUUCCAAAAAUCUAAAUGGGAAUAACAGUAUUUAAUUAUUUACGUAAUUUACUGAAUUGUUGGCUCACAGAUUCUUUGUGGUUUAAGCUACAUGUAAAAAUGUUUUGGGAUAGUUUGUUUUUUGUUAUUUCUACAUCCACGGCCUCAAAUUCCAUCCAGGUUUUAGUCAUUUUCCCUCUAUACUCGAUGAGACACAGCAGUAGCCUCGUUUGUGGCAUUGGAGAAAAUACAUUUUAAUAUUACAAGAAAAAAUUGAAGUAGCAUGCAGAUGUACCAGAGAUCAAUAACUAGUUCUAAUGCAAAAUGCAGCAUUAAUUUAUUAUUGUUUCAAAACUGUUUAAGGUUGCUGUAGAACUGAAUCUUAGCUCAUUUGUGUAACUUUUUGUAGUUGCAUAUGCUGUCCAUCUGUGUUUGGACUCGAUUCAGUCUUCUAAAUCAGGCUGAAGAUUCAAUUUGAAACUUUUAUUUAUUUUUUUAAACAAAAGAAUCGGUUGAGCACAUUAUUGUAUGUUAUUGACUUGAACAAAUGGUUUGAAAUGUAUGAACCUUUUUUUUUGCAAGCCUCUUACAUGUCAGCCUUUAAAAUGAAAACUGAGAUUAUGCAAUUAUGAAACACUUCUGAUUUUAUUCAAACAAAUGGACAAUAAUAGAAAUGAAGUAAAUGUCGACUCUAGCGCUGGUUGGAGUGUGGAGGAGAUGCGGUGAUGGACUGCGCUGCCGUUCGGUGUUCUGGAGGAGUCUGAUAUGGACCGUAAAGGAGAGACUCUGGCCUUUACCUCACUCCUUCUUCAUGUAUUUAUAAGAAACUGCCUGUUUUUCUCAGAGUGAGAGAAACUCUGAAAAAAAAUAUUUAUGAUGUACAUACUCAAAAUGAACCCACCCCUCGCACACCAAAUAAAAUGAUGCAAAAUGGUAUUGCAAAAUGUAUUUAUUAUGUGAAUGAAAAAAAAAAAUGAAUUUGUUUUAAAAUAUGGUGUGUUUAUUUAUGAUUUAUGAUUUUCAGUUCUCUAUCAAAAUUAAAUGCCGUUGUUUCCUUUCAUGCAUCAGUACUGAGCAUAUAAUGACAUUUGUUUUUUCAUAUAACUGUUUAGAUUAAUAUAAUUUGUUAUUUCAAAAUUGGUUCUGCAUUUGCUUUUGAUCUUGACAUUGUUCAUCCGGUGAGACCUUGGAGAACUCAGGUGAAAAAUAUCUUAUCCACACUAAUUUGAUCAUUAUUCAUGUUUAAUAUGAUAUUUCAUACUCACUUGAGAAAUAAAUAAAUGAUUGCGAAGAUGUUCAUUCA